AUGCGCCAUGGCCACUUCACCAUCCGAGGCACCCCAAAAUCGACGCGCACCGAAACGAAGAAUCAGGCGAAUGAUGAUACGAGUUCGAUCACGGAUGAUGUGCGCGGAGCAGAAUACUAUCACGGACUUGUGCCGCGUACCGACGUCGAGCCGCUGCUGAAGAAGGACGGGGAUUUCCUGUUGAGGAAGACUGAACAUACCCCUGGCGUGAUCGUGCUGGCGAUUUCGGUUCGCGUGGGGACGGCGGUGCGUCACUUCAUGAUCAACCAAGAUCCCAGCGGAACAUUCUAUCUGGAGGGUCAUCACGAAAAGUCCAUCUCGGAACUCAUAAAUUGGCAUAGGACGACAAAGACCCCGCUGUCGGCCACCUCAAACGCCGUGCUGAAGCGACCGGUGGAGAGGACGGCCUGGCUGCUCAACCACGAUUCCAUCACACUCGUCAAGAAGCUUGGAGAGGAGCUUUGGGAGGUAUUUCUGGCUGAAUACGCGAUGGGUAAGGACAAGCAAGAGGUGGCGGUGAAGACGAUGCGCACCGAGGUGACCCGCGAGGCUCGCCUCAAAUUCAUGAAGGAGGCCCGCCUGAUGAGAAAGUACAGCCAUAAACAUGUCGUCAAGAUUCUUGGUGUGGCGGUGCACGAGCACCCGUUGAUGCUUGUGAUGGAGGUGUGCCCUGGGGGUUCUCUACUCUCCUAUCUGCGCAAGAAUAAGGGCAAAAUGGAUGGCGCCAUCAAGAUUCG